AGUGUAUCAGAAAAUGAGGGUACAUCCACUAUGACAAUCACUAAUACUCUGGUAGAAGAUGAAGGGCAUUAUAGAUGUGUUGAACUUCCUGUAGGAACAGGAAACAUUGAAGGUGCAGAACUAACAGUAGAAGUCAAAUCGAUACGGAACCUAUCGGUAAAAACUAUAACAGAGAGCAACAUUGACGUGUUCGAAGCAAUAUGUGAAGCUUUAGGAGGUAGACCAGAUGAAACAAUCACAUGGAUGUUAGAUGAUGGGCCUUCACCUUGUGAUGAUACAAAUGUAACGUACCCUGCAGCUGGAGAAGAUCUGUCUAGUACGAGGAGUGUCUGCACAUUUCAAGCUGACAAUGAGAACAUUGGUCAAACAUUGAAAUGUGUCAUCAGCGGUCACCAAGUAUCUGAUCUCAACGGAGAAGAAACAACUACUCUUAAUAUUCCAAGGUCACCUACUACUGAUAUAAGGGUGGGAUUCCAGUUCCUUGAACCAAGCCUCACAGUGUCAUGUGACAUUGCUGAUCCAACCCAACCUAUUCCAAGCAUAAGGAAAUACUACAUAUACUCCGAUGGUACUCUGAUACAUCAAUCUUCAACGGGAGACAACGAUGUGGAGGUUCCAGAUUCAGAAUUCGACCUCUAUACGGAGUUCACUUGCGUAGCAGGGAAUUAUCUUGGAAACACAACAAGUGAUCCGGCUAGAUAUGACCCAACCAACGGUCUGACCAUUGAAUAG